AUGCUUUCCGGAGCAACUUAUGCCAACACAGUAAAUCCUGAUCCCGGUGUAGCAGUGAUCAAACAUUUGUCUACCAGUGACAAUACGCUUUUAUUUGAAAUAAAAGUGGCCAACGAAUCAGGAGAAAAAUUCACUGUACUGAUUAAAGACAACACUGGUACAACAAUAUACCGUGGUGUUUACAAUGAGAAAAAUUUCAACAAAAAGUUCCAGGUUCCCCAGGCAGAUA